GGCCCAAUCACUUCAGCCGGCUGACAGCGGCCAAUCCGGGAGCUGUUUACAUGGAGCACGGCCGGAGCACAGCCUUGUACUGAUUGUGCGGGGCUGGGAGGAAACCUGACUGGAGCCUGUCUCGGUGCGUCCUGCUCUGCAACAAAGGAGGAGAAGUGGGGUCACAAUGAAUCUAGAAAAACUCAGCAAACCAGAAUUGCUGACGCUACUGAGCAUCUUAGAAGGGGAGUUGGAGGCCAGGGAGCUUGUGAUUGAGGCAAUAAAGGCGCAACAUAAAGACAGAUUUAUUGAGGAACGCUAUGGCAAAUACAACAUCAGUGACCCCUUGCUUGCCCUACAGAGGGAUUAUGAGAUCCUGAAGGAAGAUAAUCAUGGACAAAAGCCACCCGCUGUGUGUUCCAAUCCCCUAUACAUCUUGAGUGAAGUGAUGAAGCAAUGCAAGACCAUGCAGGAGCGGAUGCUGGCCCAGUUGGCUGCGGCUGAAAGCAGACACAGAAAGGUUAUUCUAGACUUGGAAGAAGAACGGAGGAGACAUGCCCAGGAUGCAGCUGAUGGGGAUGAUGUGACAUACAUGCUAGAAAAAGAGAGAGAGCGACUAGCUCAGCAGUUGGAGUUUGAAAAAACCCAAGUGAAGAAACUUGAAAAGAAACAGAAAGAGGUAUCAGCUCAGCUAGAAGAGGAGAAAGCUCGUCACAAAAAAAUGUCCUCAGUUCUUUUGAAAGAAUGCACAAAGGCAAAUAACAGAGCGGCAGAGGAAGGACAGAGGGUGGAAGAUGUCAACUUAAAGCUGGAGAAAGCCAGAAGCAAGGUGAGUCAGCUUGAAGAAGAGUUAACCCUUGAGAAGAAACGUAGCCUACAGAUGGAAGCCCAGGUGGAGAAACAGCUUUCAGAGUUUGAUAUUGAACGAGAACAGCUAAGGGCCAAGCUCAAUCGGGAAGAGAAUCGCACCAGAGCUCUGAAAGAGGAGCUGGAGUCCUUGAAGAAACUUAUACAGGACAUGAUACCUGGGUCUGAUGUCAAAGAGACCUCUGCAAAGUCCAACAAGGAAAUUGUAUCUAGUAUAACUGUGUCUACAGAGAAGCCAGAGGUUUUAUCUGUAUCGUGCCAGACAGAAAGUGUACACCAAGAGAAGAACAGUAUUGAUGCUUUACCAAAAGCUCAUAUUUCCUUGUCAACACCUACUAAAAUUCCUCAGCUUUAUUCUAAAGUAAAUGGACAUUGUGGCACAGCUACACUGAAUAAUGAACAUGCCCUAAAGUUAAAUGUGGGGGAGGGCCUGAAAGAGAAAGUGGCAAGUCAUGACAGUUUAUCUGAGAACGGAGGUUCGCCUGUCAGAGUGGAAUCUCCUUUACACAUGAUUAUGCCUAUUCCAUCUAGCGGGGCUUCCUCCUCUCCCAGCAGUACUGCAGCCUCCUCCUUAACAUCCUCUCCAUGCUCAUCUCCAGUUCUCUCAAGACGUCUUGUUGGGACAACUGGUAGUCCUGGUUACCAGUCACCUUAUCAGGCUGGCAUCAACCAGCGGUUUCAUGCUGCCCGACACAAGUUUCAGUCUCAAGCUGAACACGAUCAACAUGUUUCUGGACUCCAGAGCCCCCCUUCUAGAGACUUAUCCCCAACCUUGGCAGAUAACUCUGCUGCCAAGCAGCUUGCUCGCAAUACAGUCACUCAGGUGUUGUCCCGUUUUACCAGCCAGACCACUGGUAAAUCUGUGCCUCCCAAUAGCUCACCCUUUGGUACAGACUACAGAACCCUUGCCAAUGCCUCCAACCAAAAGAAUGAUGGGAGCCACUCUCCAAAUCCCUUGAAAGUUUCCAGUCCUCUCAGCCCUGUAUCUCCAGGUAUAAAAUCCCCUACCAUAUCAAGAGUGGAAAGAGGAAACCCCCCGCCCAUCCCUCCAAAGAAGCCGGGUCUAGCCCAGUCCCCUGCAUCUCCUCUCCCACCAGCCAAAGCUUCGACACAACCCUCAUUACUGGCAGCUUCAGUGGAUGUAUCCAGUAGCCACUGCUCCAACAAUGGCAUUAUAACAAACGGGCAGGAAAUUGAAGUAAUGUUACCGUCUGGUAGCUAGUUUUAUUCCGCAGUUAUUUGGACUUUAGGAUGCUGUCGAUAGGCAGUUCAUACCUGGAUAAUCUAUACAGUCUAGACGAUCAAACUUAUUUAUUUUGCUAGUAGAAAAUAUGGUAUAUUAUAUAUAGGGUCUGUUUUUUAUUUUUCAAUUUGUAGCCCACGUACAAAUUUUUGUCUUAAUUAUGUUAAAAGCGCAAAAGGAAUUUUUCACAAUCUCUUGUCUGUUUUGUUAAUCAGAAGAUGACACUUGACGGUGACAAAUCACUACCGUGUAAAGUUACCGUAACUACAAUUCCAUGUUUUUCACACCCUGGACGAUGAUGGGAAAACUGGUGCUUGCUUUUCAAGAAUCAUUUUGGACAUUACCGAAUAAGAAAUACAGCACUGACCUGUUGGCAGUCAAGCUUUAUUCUGUAUGCCAGGAGGCGUUUCAUUUUUCUAUUGUAGGAUUAAAGCACUUCUGUCAAUACGUUGGACGUUUUCAGGGUAACGGGACAUUCUUUUAGGGAACUAUGAUGCUUAUUGCUCUUAGACCCACGUCACACUUUUGCUUUUGAACACCGUGUGCGAGCCUAACAGAAGUUCUCCUAUGUACUCAGUGGAGAGCUGAUGUGAGAUGGCACAAACACCAAAAAGCACUAGAACAGUUGACUACAGGUUUCCAUGAAUCUUAAUAUGGAAGAUAUGUUUGCUGUUUCAGUUCCCCAUCCCCCAGAGAUCACUUUCUUUCAGCUCGAUUACAUUGGACUUACAAAGUAUAUUGCAAGAACGCAAAGUUCUGAAAUCCUGUGCCAAGUUUCUUGCACACAUCUGAAAGGGAAAAUCUGUAUUUUAAUGAAACCAAGCACAAUAUUACAGCAUUUCUGAUAAGUGGAAAUUGUUAUUUAUCACAUGUAUUACAUAAUGACAGAUAAUUUGGGGCUAUUAAGUGGCGUUUUGCUACCCAAGAAUAUGGAUUGUCUACAUGAUGCAGUAAAAAAUUUAUUUUCAGCUUUAAUCUUUGUGGUUAGUAAAAAGGAACCGACUUGAAAUACAGAAGAAAUGGUGAUUGCCCAUAGUUUAAUCUACGGUAUAUGUGCCACUCGUAUAACCAUAUAUUAGUGGUGACCACUCUGUUCUUGGUAUACAUACAGAAUGUCUGAUUAGGUGACAGACUGGUUGGAAUGCCAGGUUACCAUUUAGUGGCACUUUUGGCAGUUUCAUUGCAUAGAAAAUUACAUAACAAUACUGGGUGGAAACUAUGAGGGGGAUCAUGUAAUGGGCUCUUAUGGUGGCGCUGAACAUUCUGGUGUCUCCAACAUUUUUAAAAUGCUGUACAGAAUUUCAGAGGUUUGACUAGUCUGUCUUGCCCAUCUGCCCUCUCGUUGGUGCGCCCCCAGCUGCCGUAAUGAAACGAUACUUGUCACAAUGUGUCACCAAGUAUGUGGAAGAAAAAUGGUGGACUAUGUUGAUAAAUUCAGUACAGGUUUUGAAGGGGAAAUCCAUCCAAAUUGAUCUUCUAACGUCUUAAACGGGUUGUCCGCUCCUUUAGAAGCCAAGGUCUGUUCUAGGAAAAGUACUUCACUAUCUGAUCGGCCAGAGUCUGACACCCCAAACUCCCGUAGAUCAGCUGCUCUGCAGUACCUCCAAUGAUGGGACUCCACAGCUCUGUUAUAUAUGCAGUGGAUGGAGCUGGUAAAAGUAACCUGCUCUGUCCACACCACGAUGGAUAACGCUACUUCAGAACAGCCGAUCGGUGGGUUUUCGUACACCUGCAGAUCAUAUACUGAUCCUCAGGAUAGGCCAGCAUUUGCAAAGGUGUAGACAACCCCUUUAAACUGUCCAUAUUCUUCAGAUAAUUGUUGGCCAAAUGCUUGUUGCCCCUCCCACCUGCCUCCAAUAUAUGUGCAUGUGUUCUCAAUAGGUGGAAGGAAUAAGACAAUGCCAGACACUUAGAUAAUGUGUCAAAAGUGGAAUCUUUGAGGUGGGACCAGACCAGCAGCAUUUUCAGGAAAUGUGACAUAUUCUGAAAGGUAGCAAGCAGAAGGCCUUUUAAACUUCACAAUCUAUCUCUAGAGUUUAUGUGAAAAUUACAUACAUUUUGAGUGACUUCCCCACUAAGACCUCAUGCACACGACCAUAUAUGUUUAGUGGUCCUCAAAACGUGGAUCCUGGCCUUGUGUAUGCUGCCAUUUUUUUUACUUCUGUAGAAAUAUCUGAUACUUGUCCGCAAAACAGACAAGGAUCAGACAUAAUCGAUAUUUUGCGGGCCGGCAGAACGGACAUGCAUUCUUUUCAGUCCCAGUGAAAUAAAUGGGUCUACCUCUGAUCCACAAAAAAUGGACUAAAAAUACGGUCAUGUAAAUGAGACCUAAAUGCCAUAUUUUGAGAAUAUUUGCCCUUUUUUGUUUUUGCAAAUAUCUUAAAUAUAUGAGACCCUUUUAUUCUUAUUUUUGCCUGAAUAUAUAAAUGAUACAUUCCAGUAUUCAGGUCCACCUUUUGUAUUCAGAAUUUAUAUUCACCUGCACACGGGGCAGGCAUGUUACUCAGUAUUAUUAUAAUUACAAGUAUACCCAAUAUCUUGGGUAUUUGUUUGCCAGAUCUGGUAUCGCCACAUUAAAUUCAGGGCAAACUGUGGCAGUAACCAUUUCAUAAAAAAUUAUGGACAAUAAUGACCACCACCCUAAGACUUAUUGUAGUCACAUCUUCUUAUUCUUGCACUACAGCUGACUGCACUGGAACCAUGAGCUAAUUGCACGAUAAGUAAGGAUCGGUUUCCCCACCCAAGUGCCUUAAGAUGAUAUUAAAUGAUCAAUUAUUGCAGGUUGAGGACAUUUUAUUUAGGCAGAGGCAGCACUCAAGCCAUCCUCUAUAAAUAGAAUGUUGUGUGCUGCCUCUGUGGGUUAGGCCUGCACCAGAUAUAAUCAGAAUUUUUCCUUUUAUCUCCUAUGUGUUGUAAUCUUAUUUUGAGAAGCCUAUAAGAAUGCAUGUUACAUUUCUGGUUUGUGUUGUAGCCACAAUAAUCUAGCAGCAGAUAGGACCGGCAUGAUUGCCGAAUGAUUUGUGAAUACCUGUCAGUGACUAUGCAGGUGCUGAGUAAAUGUAGUAUUCCAUUAGCGUGGAGUCACAUAUCCUAGGUGGGGAAAAUGUCAUAGCCAAAGGUUUUAUGAAAGCCAAUCAAGAAUUAUGAAAUGCACAACAAACAGUGCAUUUUUCUUUGUUUUUGUUUUUUGGGGCAUUCACAGGUAGAGAAUUUGCUACUAUGGGAGCAAUUUUAUAUCUUUCCAUAUUAACAGUCCUUGCCCACAGUGCCACAGUGGCAUUGUUAACUGCCAUUCGUGGGCCUGUUGCUGUGCAUCCUUCCAUUAAAUGGAACCUGCCGGCAGAUUCAGUGUAAGGGGCUGUUUACAUCUCAUUUACAUUAUACGUACCUGAAAAAAAGUAUGCCAAUUUUUUUUUACGUAUACAUUUAACGGAUAUGCAUACGUUUUUAACGUAUCCGUUUUAAAAGUGACUACAGUGUAAAAAGAACUACAUGUUUCUACUGUAUUUUUUGUAGAAGACAGAAUAGUGUGGUAUACUACACUUAUUUUGUCCUUUGAAAAAAUUUACAGAAACAUAAACGGGGACAAACUGAGUCAAAAGUAUGCACUUUUGAAUUAUGUUUGCUGAGUUAACGUCUUAGCAUGUCAAGUGAUACAUUUCAAAGUGUUUUUACUGUGUUUAAACGUAUGCGCUCGACGAGGUGUGAACAGCUCCCAACUUGUAGUUCAUUCAUUUAAAUUUCUGCUGAGCUCUAUAAUGCGCUUCCCACAGAGCUGAGUGCAUGUACAGCAUGACAGGUUCCCUUUAAAGGGGUUAUCCCAUCAUUAUAGAGCAGGGAUGCUCAACCUGCGGCCCUCCAGCUGUUGUAAAACUACAACUCCCAUCAUGCCCUGCUGUAGGCUCAGCUGCUGGAAGGAUCGGGAAGUGCUCUCUCACCUACCCUCUCUCUGUUGUCCUGAUGCUGCGCUGCCACCAGUGAGUGCCAGGAUUUUCAUGCGAUCCACACGAUAUUAGCAAUGCAUUAAACCCUAUGGAAUGCACGAUUUUGAGAAUUUGGCAUUUAUUGGUUCCACACCCCUGGACCACCAAUGACUAUUACAUUACAAUUGUAAGACCACUCUUUCAUCAACAUGAGCAGGUGACUUCUGGUUACAGUAUAUGGCUGCACCAUUUUAUUUAAAUUUUUUAUUCGUUACUCAGGGGCUGAUAAAGACAAGAUGUACUUUAGCCCUGUCAAUCACUGGGUAGGGGGGAAGUGCAAAGCGAGGAUGGGCGUUACAACAGCGGCACUCGGUGCUCCAAUCAGCUAACUUACGUAAUAGUAAAAAAGUUUUAAAAAAAAAAGUUAAAAUGCUGUAUCUCGGGACAAACGUAACUAAGGUAUUGUUUUAAUCAGCAUGAUCAACCCUACCAGGUAAUAUGCCUGGUUUAAUAGGGUUGUUAAUGCUGACAGAUCAACACACAGCAACAAUAUAUUUCUAGCAAAGCUAGAACCAGCCCAGUGCCUCACGUGGAUCCAGAGAUCUCCCUAUUCAUUGUUCCAAUUGCUCAGCUAGAUCUUCUUCAGGCUGGCAACUCAUGGGGCAUUUCCUUUUCUCAGGAGAUGUGUCCUUUCUUCUACAGCUCGCUCCAUGUAACAGUCACAGUAGAUAGGACUACUGGUAGUUGAAGGAUUGAAGUGAGCAUGUGUGUCCACCUCCGAGAUCUUCCUGAGGUGGAUGGAGGAAUAUGGAAAAUAAAAAGCAGGUGGCGCUACACACCUACGUUUUAUUGAAUAAUGGAGUGACUAUACUAAACUUUUAAUUCCAAGCAAUUACAAAAGUAUUCAUAAUAAUAUGCAUUAUACAUACACAAAUCAGGCUUAAUCCUCAUAAAAUGGAUCAUUUUAAAACGUUGCACACAGUUUACUAGUCGAUACGUCACAGAGCAAACAUGACUGAUCUUAUUGUACAGUAUAUGUUAAACGGUCAUGAAGUGACUUUGAUUGUGGUCUGUGCUCACUAGGCACUGGAAUUGGAAAGCUACUGUCAUGAUAUCGUUUUCAGGUAACAUUUGCUACAUUUUAAAUUGGUUUAACAGGAUCCAAAAUAAUUUAGACUAACUCGCGUGAUUCCCGUAGCCAGUGAUUGGCCUCACACUCAGGAUUUUAUAUGCAGUUUUUAAAGCCAAAACCGAGUGUGGAUUCAAAAAAGAGGAGAUGUAAGAAUCUUUCCUUUACGGACAAGAAUAGGACUGUUCUAUUAGGGGCCGUUCAGUUCCUCAAGAUGCAGAAUGCACACGGCCGGUAUCUGAGUUUUGUGGAUCUGCAAUUUGCGGACCGCAAAACAUCCAAUGGUCGCGUGCAUCAGCCCUUACACUUUAUAUCCUUUUAUGAGCCACUCCUGAUUUUGUCUUUUAAAACUGCAUAAAAAAAACCUGAACAUGUGGCUGUGCCCCUUAUUGAGCGUGAUGUCUCCCCAUAUGACUGCUGAAGCUUGUGUGUAAGGCCAUAGUAUGGAUUAUUAUAUUGAGGAUCAUUAAUAUAGUAGCCUAUACUAUACAUCUGCGUGCCUCUUUUUUUUUUAUUUUGUUUUUGCAUUUUUUUCCAUGUCCAGCACAUGCUAUUUUCCUGAGCUAUUAUGUCUUUAGGGCCCAUUCACAUUGUGUUUGUUGCUGGUGGAAUUUUUGGCGUGGACGCCCGUACUGAAAUUUUGCCAGCGGCCGCAUGGUUUCUGCCUCCCAUUCAUUUCAAUUGGAGGCAGUGCUGAAGAUCACGGAGUGGCGGUUUAAAGCCGCGGCCACGCUGGGAAGCGCAAUGUUGCUUCCAAGGGCGGGGGAUACAAGGCCUCAUAGGACCAUAAUGCGGAGGCACAUUUAAUGGCACUGUAACGCUGCCCUGUACAGGGUCAGUACAAUAAGCCUUUACAGAAACAAUGGAAGAAAGGGAUUGCUUGAUCUUGAUUUUCAGCAGGUCACAGUUAAGAAUUCAUUGCUGCAACUUUUGCAUACAGGACCAAUACUGACAAUACGUUAAAUACUGAAGGCAUCUGUGUUUUAAUUAAAACAAAAAAAGUUUGUCAACUUGAUGUUUCAUUGCCUUAAUAGCUACAGAUGAACUUCAAAAGACCAUGGUAAAGAAAUUGUGGACCAUCCAUUGUAUUUGGGAUCCACCUUAAAAUGUGAAAUGCUAUUAGCAGUGACCACAAGACCUCCCAGAAAUGACUUUUCUUACAGUUAGAUCUGUAUGCAUGCUACUAGGGUUUCAUACACUGCCUGUUUACCCCUAUUAUUCUCAACCCUAAUUUUUAAUUUACAUUUUUUGUAAGUUGUAUGUAAAGGUGUAUUCCAGUAAUUUAAUGUUAUGCCCUAUCCACAGACUUCCAGAGAUAGCCAUCUACAACACUUUAUUUCUGGCAGGUCCCAUAAAGAUGAAUAGAGCAGCAAGAAGCAUGCUCAACCUCCUGCUCCAUUUAUUUGGAGGGCAUUAUCACUAGGGUCCCCCGCCAAUCUAAUAUCUUUAAAUUACCAGAAUACCCCUUUUAAAAGGUUUUCCAGAUCUGUUCUUGUAGUUGCUUACCUUAUCUACAUCUUCCCAAUGCUUUUUCUUUUUCAAUGUGGACUAUUCUGACCAGUUUUAAUCAUGGAAACCAAUCACUUUGGUGUUAUAUCCUGUAUGUAGCACUUCCUGUUCCUGUACCCAACCAAACCCAUGAUGCACCUCUCCUUUCUCUGCCACAGCUGCAGCACUGCCCCAAACACCCAGCUAGUUUUUAGCCCUGCCCACCGGCUAGUUACAUAGACACUCCCCUAUCACUGACACACCCAUGGACUUAACAUCACAGAAAACAAGAAAGAGCUGCAUGGACGUUGUCAUGUGACCACAGCCCAGAACGGAAGAUGGGACCGAAAAAGAGAAAAUAAAUAUAUUAUAAAAUGACAGCUCCCUUUACAUAUGAUUAUUUAAAAGGAUGCUGAUGCAAACAAAAAAAAAACCUUUAAGCCUGUCCAGGCAAUUGACCCUGUUCUGUAUUCGGACCACUAGCCCACAUACAUCACGGAUCAGUUUGUCUGGAGACUUUAAGAUGCAAAAAUGUUUCAAUCAUUUUUCUUCAGGUUGAGUAAAUUUAGAAGUUUGAGUUUCGAAGUAACACAUGUUUACAAAGGUAAAAACCUGAAUAUUUUCUGGGAGAAUCUUAUGUUCUUUUCUGGCCUCAUUUUUAUUCUUCUAAUCUUUUUGUGCUGCCUAUACUGAGUACUUUAAGAAAAACUCAAAUUCUUACCUGUAAAUUUCAUAUAUCUAAAGAAAUGUAUGAGGUUAUUGUAUAUUUAUUAGGAGAUGUACUGACUCUUCGUGUAUUCCUUUGAUAGAAAACCUUUUUUAUUUUUUGGUAAAUGGACAUGAAAUGCCUUGUUUAUUCCGUCUUGUUUUGUUAACUCUUUAAGGAGCCGUACUUUUAUAUAGGAUGAAACUGUAUUGUUGCCCUAAAUCUCACAUCUAUAUUACUCUGCAGCUCUUUAAACUGUUGUGCAAGGAUGCAUGAAACAGUGACCAUUCAAAGUUGGGACUUUUUAGGGAAUUGUAUGUCAUUGUUUUUCCCUUCCAAACACUGGUCAGUGUUGUGUAAUGAAUGUUAUAAUAAAAGCCAAAUGUCUAUUUUAUUGGGAAAGACUGGUACAGCUCUAACUCGUUUUGACAGUGGAUUUGAAUUGUCCCACAGGUGGAUCUUCCAGUGUCCCCAGAACACUGGAAACAUUAAUCAUUGCCAGGUGGGCGGGGAGAGGAAGGGCUCAUGAAUAACCAUGACUCUUCCCUGGCAGCCACUGACUCUUCUGACAGUUUUUUUUUUUUUUUUUUUUUUUUUUUUACAAAUAACCUAUUAAACUUUAUUGAUAUAACCUCAUUGUGAUAACAACAUGUACAGAUGUAGCAGGGGUAACACACACGCUCCUAACUCAAAUUUCUUAACUCAUUGCGUUCAAAAGCCAUUGAAAAGCAAUUGCUUAACGCAUUUAGUUGCAUUUAAUUUAGAUAACAUGUCUCUUAAAGCAUGUGUGUUAACCCUGCUACAUCCAUAUCUCAACAUGUAUAUGCUGUGUAGAAGAAGGGGGGGUGGAGUGGACAAUGAUUUCUACUGGUGGAGGCUGGUGAUAUUGAACACUAAUCUUAACAGAAACGUGUUUGCGACAAUACAGCUAAGCUUUGCAAUGGUUUGAAAGCACAGGAAAAUAUACAAAUAGUAUUUAGGGACCAUGGCGAAAGCUAUUGCCGUGCUUAUUGUGAGCUUUAGGGGUCAAAUAGUACUACACAAGCCAUGUAAAAAUAGGCUCUACCUGAUCAUUGGUGUUCAAAGGGGGGUUUAUUGUAAUUUGUUUUUUAGUUGAUGGCUGGAAAAGUAAUUGGGUCUCCUGUCCAAAUCCCUCCUCUGUUUCCAGGAGGAAGUUGCUCAGCAGUCUGGGAUAUAGAUUAGCCGAUGAGUUAUUUCUUGUAUUAUUUCUAAAAGUUUCAUGACUACCUUAAAAAUCUUUCUUGAAGCUGUCGAAGAGUAGUAAAAGGAGUGAAGGUUUAAAAACUGCAGAACUUUAUCAUAUCUAAUGAUGCCUAAAACUAAUUCUCUACGGCUAGUUUCACACUAGCAGCAGGACAGUCCGGCAGGCUGUUACGGCGAGUGAACAGCCUGUCCGAUCCGUCCUGUCGUUAGUUCACGUGUUCCCCCGGACUGCCACUCCAUCCCCAUUGACUUUAAUAGUAGUCAACGGGGAUGGAGCGGCAGUCCGGGGGCACACGUGGACUAGCGGCAGGACGGAUCCGACAGGCUGUUCACCCGCCGGAACAGCCUGCCGGACUCCCCUGCUGCUAAUGUGAAACUACCCUUAUACAAUUGUUAGUUUUAUAGCCCCUGACACGUGAUGCAGAUUGGCCACGGUCAGACUCACCCCAUGCACCGAAAAAAAGAAACUUAUGCCAGUGGACCAAGUGCAUAUUAGAGAUCCACUUGGCACUCCUCAAUAUUGUAUGCAUUAUAGUAGUGUGUACUAUAGGUUGCAGGCUGAUCUUGCAGUGAACAGUUUUUCUCCCAUUUAAAGGGAACCUAUUACAUUGAACAUGGUGACUGAGCUGAAGGCGUCAUGUUAUAGAGGAGACGCUGAGCAGCUGGAUAUAUAGUUUUAUAGGAAAAUAUUCAAUAUAACUUGUAAUUUAUACAGAGAGCUGUCAGUCACUAAUAAGACCACCUUCACUUCUGGGCUCAGAAUAAGUAGAUUGAGAGACAAGUUUUACCGAGUCUUUUCCCAUAAAACUAUAGUAAUCUGCUUAACUUGUUUGUUUCAUAUUUUUAUGGUGACAAGUUCCCCAUUAAUGUAUCCUAAAGAAAAUAAGUCAUUUAAUAUAUAUUUUAUAUAUAAUUCACAAAAAAUACCCCUGAAAUGUACCCUAUGCUCAGCUCAGGAUUCCACUGCAAAAGAGCAGAACCUACUAUGGCAUGGUCAGCAUGACCUUUAUAACCUAUAGGUGUUGUGGGUCUGAUCUCCCAAGUAUUGCAAACUUGGGAGGAAAGUUACAAUAAAUACUCUGCUCAAGGGAUGGGAAGAAGGGACAAACAAUUGGCAAUGUGGAGGAAUGUUUCUGAAUCAAAUUGGGAGCCACGCUUACAUUUUUGUUGUUGGUUUUCCUUCCUCUCUCUAAUAUAUAUAUAUAUAUAUUUAAAUGUUAAGAUCGGUUAUUCUAAAAGCAUCUUCUAAUUCUAUAUUACACAUCUAGAAAAAUUACUGUGAUAUUCAGGUCCAGUGAUAGAGGAGUCCUACAUAUAGGCAGUUGCUCAGCAUGUUGGAGUGAAGUAAGUAUUUUUGUACCAAUUCCCAAACUUUAUUCCAAAGAUGUCAAUACACAGUACUGUGCUUUAAAAAAACAUAUAUUUCUCCCUUUCGGAUGUCAGUAGCCUGUUCAUGACAACUAUAGGGUUGAUCGAAUUUCAUCUUGUGAAAUUAGUUUGUGAUUCGUUUGGUGGUAAAAGCUAAAUUGCGUUAUGGAUUCUGUUAGCACGGACUCUAACGCAAUUCUAUGACGGAAUGUAUAACGGAAUGCCUUUAGAGUCAUUCCGUUA